UGUUGUCUGGUCAAGCAUACUGCGGAAGACGCGUAGGUCCAGUUCCUUCCAAACACGGAACACGCACAACCUUUCAUCCCAACUUUGUCUUCAAACCACCCCGACAACCUCAUACGCGUCCGAAGGUAUGUCCCAACACAGUACACCGACGCGCGCCAAGCGUGGAGUCCUUUCCCAAGCUGGUAUCAACAAUCGUACUGAACUUGCGAAACGCCCAAUCUCUAUGGGUGAUUGUAUGUUCAACCUUGGUAUCGUCGAGAACUCCCAACUACACAAGGACGUCGUCCAAGCAAUUCGUCAAUUCACUGGUUACACCAAGACAUAUCUGAAUGCCCGUGGUCGAAUUGCCCCUCGAGACGUCAGACCAGAUGGUCGCCCAAGCUUAGUAUUCAGUAGUGCAUUCAUCGAAGUUGUCAAUACGUUCUUGGAAGCUUGUAAAGGAGGAACUAUAUUCUUUCCACCGAUCCUUCCUCACGAUGCUGGCUGGGAGAACAGCUUAGUGGUUAUCGAUGGACAGUCCACCAGGUUGAUUUGGUCAGAACUAGAAGAUGAGCAGACAAUCCGAGUGAACAUGGCGCUAUUGUUCGAAUGCCUGAAGAGCAAUGGACUACCAAAUGCCUUGGAUCUAGAGGAAGCCAAUUUCUUCAAAUCAUUCGACACUGAGGAUUGUUUUGUCUGCGGCAGCCCUCAGUCUAACAUGGCCGAUAAUGCUCUGUUCAAAUGCCACCAAUGUCGUUGUCACUUCCAUCAGCGUUGCUACGCCAUUGCCCGUACUCCCGAGGAUCAUGAACAUUGGCACUGUCGCCGCUGUACAAAAUUGAGAGAUGAGAAGGCCAGCCGGAAAGUCAAGGACGAGGCCGAAGAUACCAAGACCCCUCUGAAGCGACGCAAGACGAAGAAGGAACCUAACGGAGCCUAUUCAAUUGGUAACCGCAGUGUCGGAUCACCUAGCCGCCGUAGUGAAACACCUAACCGAAGUAUUGGAACGCCUAGCCAAAGUGUUGGAACACCGAGCCAGAGUGUUGGAACGCAUAGACGGAUCGAAAGCCUUUCGGGAUUAUCCACACCAGCCAGGGUUUCUGUCGCUCCACCGCUUCCACUUUUGCCGCCCCAUCAUGACCAUCUCGUCUUUCUGGUUCGUCGAAAGAUUAGGAACGUCUUCCGCUCAGUCGACCUUUCUAAUGUCCACUCGAUUGACGGACUUUUCAAUGUUUGCGGUGCGACCUGGCAAAUGAAUGUCACAAAGUUGUACAUCUACCUACCUGACAAAGAUGGCGUUCUCGAAGUCGUAGCUGGUAAUCGUUCGAGCUUCACGAAUGCUUUGAAGAUCUUUCCCGAGAAUGACGGCAAAGGUGUCUUGGUUCAAAUGCUACUGCUGGCCGAGGGUGAGGACUACUAGAUUCAGAUGUCUCUCUGUUUGCUGGACUUUGUGAAGAUAUAUGAUGGAUGUUCUGGAAGUGUAUGGCAAUUGUACGGACUUUGUGGAGAUAUAUGAUGGAUGUUCUGGAAGUGUCGGAACUUGUACGGAGAUUUUGA